UGCUGAUAAAAGAAGAUUAUUACAAGAAUUUAUUAAAGAAUUUCAAGAUCCAUAUAUUGAAUUAAAUCACAACAUAAUGCUUCUGACUAAAAUUAUAGAAUCAAUUACUGAAUUAUUAAAUAAUACUUUAGAAUCUAUUCAAGAUAAAGAUCUUUUUCAAAAUAAUUUAGAACUGAUUUUUAAUAAUUUUAAAGAAAAAAAUAAAAAAGCAAUUAAAGAAAUUACAUUUGAAAAAUCAAAAGAAUUUUUAAAAGAAAAAGAUGAAAAAAGAGGUUUUUGGACAAAUGAGAGAUAA